GACAGCCCUCCCACGAUGCAUUGCAGUCGCAGUAACCCGGAAAAGAAAGCAGAACUGAGCUCUGCCCAAACAACAAAAUCAGUAUGUUUUUUAUUUUUUAUUUUUUUUAUUCUUACUCAGUUGUAGGUUAAUUUCAUUGAAUCCAAACACCACGAAACAGCUUUUGAGAAGUUUACAAGUGACGUUAAUGCUCUCGGCAGCUUAGGCGGCGCUUGUUAGCAUUAGCUAGCGACUGGCUAACUCCAAGGAGCCAAACAACAAACAGGCUUGUCGACUCCGAAGUGCUGCUGGUUUUGUUUCGUUUAAAGCCACCGGACUUUGCGUGAGUUGGCUCCAGUACAGUAGCCAAGAGUGUGUGCUUCCUCCAAGAUGAGCUCCGAGGAGACUGCAGCGCCCACAAAAGCCGUCCCGGAUGAUGACGGCAUGACGUGGUGGUACCGAUGGCUGUGCAAGAUAGCUGGCGUCCUGGGAGGAAUAUCUUGUGCCAUCGCAGGGGUGUGGAACUGCGUCACCGUGAAUCCUUUAAACAUUGCCGCAGGAGUGUGGAUGGUGUUGAACGCAUUUGUGCUGUUCCUGUGCGAGGUGCCCUUCUGCUGUCAGUUCAUAGAGUUCGCCAACGCUAUCGCUGCCCGUGCGGACCGCUUCCGACCCUGGCAGAAGGCCUUCUUUUACUGCGGGAUGGCGCUGUUUCCCGUAUUCCUGAGUUUCUCCUUUACCACCUUGUUCGGAAACAGCAUCGCCUUUGCCACAGGAGUCCUGUACGGUUUGGCGUCUUUAGGCAAAAAGGGCGACGCGGUGACGUACGCCAGGCUGCAGCACAACAAGCAGGGCGACGAGGAGAGGAUGACCGGCACGACAGAGUGAGCCCUCCUGUCGCGCUUCUUAAUCUUCUUCCUCCCCCAAUCUUUGUUGGAGCGCACUCCUUACAGGGGAAUGUUCAUCCCGCUCCUGCACCCACCUACCUCCUCCUCGUCCUCCUCCUGUCCUUGCUGUCAUCAAAUUGUAUUUAUUAUUACCACUUUAUUGGACUUGCAGCAUAAACCAGGAAAAGGUCCGGUUUUGUGGGCUCGCUUUUUCUAAAUUAUUUCAGUGACCCUUUUUUUGGUUCUUUGUGUUGUUUUGCUGCUAUUUUUUUCCACCACACACCCUUCUUCAGGACCUGAACACUUUGCUGAUUGUACGACGUGCUUAUACAACGUAAGAUUUCCUUUUUUUAUUAUUAAGCAGCUUAAAACUUGAGUGAUGUAGCCUUUCCUGACUUUGCAGCCUGAAUGUAUUUCAUGUUUAUUUUUCAUAGCUGUGAUCAUGAAGUCUUAGCAGUUUGCCUGAACCUUUUCUCACUUGCAGUUUUAGUAGAAUGAGCCAGAAUGAUCACUAUUGAGUAAAAACAAAAAUUGCGGUGUUUUUGUUUACAAGAUUUUCUCAUAGAGCGCCACUUUCUCUUUAAACGUCAGCUUUAUGUCUGCUCAAUUGAUGGUCGGUCAGGGUUAAGGAUGGGCAUAAUUCAUAGAUUUAUUUUAGUGCUGUCUAUUCAAAUCCUCUCUAUUGCAGGGAAGAGUGCUCCCUGGUCGUUUAGUUCUAAAGCUGCCUAAAAUGUAAAGAGGUGACUAGAACUGACGUUGAACAAUUUGUUCUACUAAGCAGGAGUUAGUACAAACAGUAGAAAUACAAGCGCUGUGAUAGAAUGAUCCAAGCAAUCUCUAAGAUUGUCGCCCGUCUGUCAGGCUUUUGUCCUCCUUGACAGGAAUCGAAACUGAAACUUAACUUGAUGUGCAGGCCGAGCACACAUUCAUUCUGUUUAUCUUCUUUGAGCAGAACCAAGGCCAAAGCUAGUCAUUUCUCAGGUGUUUGAUGUUACCCAUAUAAGGUCAAAUAUUCCCUUAACAUGUAAACUCAUUACUUUUUUUAAUCUGAUUAAUCACACUUUUAAAUUUUGGAUUAAUUGAAGUAAAUCAGACUAAAUUACUUCCUGGCCAAAGCUAGUCAUUUCUCAGGCGUUUGAUGUUACCCAUAUAAGGUCAAAUAUUCCCUUAACAUGUCAACUCAAUACUCUUUUGAAUCUGAUUAAUCACACUUUUGAAUUUUGGAUUAAUCAAAAUUAAUCAGACUAAAUUACUUCCUGAUAUAAUUUAAAUCAACCAAAGAAAGGACUCUGUUUUGAUACAAAUGCAAUUUUAUUGUCAGAAUGUCAGACAAGCAUUUUUAAAAAAGUUUUAUUUGAAUGCGAUAAAAGUAUUUUCUAUAGUUCUGUCAGAGUUUAUGUUGAAGCGCACAACCCAUGCCGCCCAUUCACAGUUAAGGUAAAGAAGCUCUAAAUAAAUCAAUGUGAAUAAUUAUUUUUUAAAAACACAAAUAAAAUGCCUGAUUAAUGUGCAAAUAUUCAUGAUUAAUUCAAUAUUUUUUUUGUAUUAAUGACAUGAGUUAACUGGUUGUUUCUGAAGGCCGAAGUGAAUAAAAAAAUAGAGUACAGUACUUACUGCAACCAAUAGAGGCGGUGUUGGUUCAUUCUCAAGGUUCAAGUUUAUUUGUCACAUGCAGACUACACCACAGUAAAAUGCUUUUUUUCCAUGCUCUUCAGGUAUUGCGUACAGUGGGAUCCAACAUUAGUUGCAGAAUCUAAUACACUAAAUACAAAAAAUUGAAUAGCUGGGAUGUACAUUAAUUACAAGAGAAUUAAGUUGCACAAUAAGUCACAGAAGUUAUGGUAGAAGUAUCAGUACAAGUUAUGUUAGCCCUUCACUAUUCUUCAGAUGUUUUAAUAUUUAUGAAUGAUUGGAAAAUUGAAAGUGAUGUAUCUAAUAAAUAAUCAUGAAAAUUGCCCAUCCAUAGUUGUGGUAAUGAUCAAAUGAAUUGGGAGGCCACUAUUUGUGGAAAUACGGUAUUUAACAACCUGUUUCUGUUUCUUGUUGGUUUCCUUACCAAAACCCGUCUUAAAAGGGGACACAAAAUGAUGAGGUAAUCCUCAUUAGAUUUAUAGUUUGCCUUUGUUUUGCGUUUUGCGAUUUGUGCGGAUGUUUUUGUCUCCUUUAUCGUCCCUAUAAAGGAAAUUUUGAAAGCCGUCUUACAGCAGCUUUACUAGGCUGUCACCUCCUGCUCUCAGGUACAAAAGCACCGGUGGAAAUGGAUAGAAUAAUGAAACAAAACCAGCUAUGUAAUGACACUAUGGGUGUACUUUUAAUGCUAUUGUUCUGCUUCCCCGUACGGGACAUGUGGACAUUGUGUGUUGUGACAUGAACCCUCCAAUUAAACUAACCUGCUACUUGC